CUGGGAUCCUCCUGCUCCCCCCAUCCAGCGCGGGGACUGCGCGAUCGAGGCUGCGCUCUCUGUUUCAGCUCCCUACCUUUGGCCUGGCGACGCGCCUGCGCGCGGCUGCAAAGGACACGCGGCAGAGAGGGCGCGCGACGGAAGCCACCGUGCCCAGGAGGAACCUGAACUCCAACAGAGCCCUGACAUCCCCGCGUCGUGACACGAGUUACGACGGGGAGGAGGAGGGGGAGGAGGAGGAGGAGGAGGAGGAGGAGGAGGAGGAAGAGGAGGAGGAGGAGGAGGAGGAGGAACAGCACUUGACAAGUGUCGGCCUCUGGGGGCCCUCGCCGGGCCCCGACGACUCAGGGCGGAGAGCGGGUCCCAGAGAGCGGGCCCCCGUGCGGCAACAAACCACGACGUCGGCUGUCGGGCAGCAGCGAGCGCUGCGCACUGCCAGAACGACGAACCGGCGGCCUUUGGCCGGAAAUCACACACAGAGGGCGCGCCAGCAUCCAGAUGCAGGGGGGGGGAGAGUGCGGCCAGGCUGGGCGUAGAAGGCCUCCGCCGCUUCGGCUGCGGAGACCCUGUCCGACGCCCGCCGUAAACUUCGCCUCCACCUCCUCCGCGCCCCACAUCCCGCUGCGACUGCUCAU